AUGCGAUUGUUUCCAAUUCCAUCGAGCUCUGGUGGUUCACCGAGGUCGGGGGAGCAGAGCAACGUGGAGAAAAACUCCGCGUUGUUAUACCUAAAUAUAUAUGAUCUCACACCUGUAAACAACUAUCUUUAUUGGUUCGGCAUCGGAAUCUUUCAUUCGGGUAUUGAAGUACAUGGUUUGGAGUAUGGCUUCGGAGCUCAUGAGUACGCAACCAGUGGAGUGUUUGAGGUUGAACCAAGAAGUUGCCCUGGUUUUACUUUUAGGCGCUCAGUCCUUUUGGGCAGAACUAACAUGUCUCGUUCAGAGUUGCGGUUGUUUAUGGAGCAGAUUUCCAGCAAAUAUCACGGCGACACAUACCAUUUGAUUGCUAAGAAUUGCAAUCAUUUUACUGAAGAAGUAUGUUUACGCCUGACUGGAAAGCCUACCCCUGGGUGGGUGAAUCGCCUUGCCCGAUUAGGCUCUUUCUGCAACUGUUUGCUGCCCGAGAACAUUCAUGCAACGACAGUCAGACAUGUACCUGAUCAUCAUACAUAUUCAGAAGAUGGAACAGAUUCUGGCUCAUCAUCUUUAUCGGCAGAAAGUGAAGAUGAGGAGGAUAUAGAUCAUCAUCUGCUGACCACACCAAAUAGCGACGUCGCCUUUUUGAAAGAAAAACCAGUCAGGCUAGCAAAAGAUAUGCUCUGA